GAGCCGCCGGGCGCCGGGAAAUAAAGGGCGGCGGAGAGGCGGCGGCGGCCGCGGAUAGAGAGAGCAGCGAGCACAACAACCCCCGCCUGGAGCCACAGCGUGCGGGGAGAUGUCAAACGUCCGCAUUUCUAAUGGGAGCCCUACCCUGGAGCGCAUGGAGGCCAGACAGUCGGAGUACCCGAAGCCGUCUGCGUGCAGGAACCUCUUCGGGCCGGUGAACCACGAAGAGCUCAACAGGGAGUUGAAGAAACACCUGCAGGAGAUGGAGGAGGCGUACCAGAGGAAGUGGAAUUUCGAUUUCCAGAAUCACAGGCCGCUGGAAGGCAGGUACGAGUGGCAAGCCGUGGAAAAAGGGAGCUCGCCCGACUUCUACUUCAGACCCCCCAGGCUACGGAAAGCCGUCUGCAAGUCCGCCGGCCGCCAGAGCUUGGAUGUAAACGGGAAUUGCCAAACCGUGGUUUUUGUCGGUUCUCAGGGAAUCUCAGAGGACACUCACUGUGUAGCUCAAAAGACUGAUGUUUCAGAAAAUCAGACGGACUUAGCAGAGCAGUGCAUUGCCCAGAGGAAAAGACCCGCGGCCGACGAUUCCUCUCCUCAAAAUAAAAGAGCCAACACAACAGAAGAAGAGGUUUCAGAAGACUCCCCCAGUGCCAAUUCAGUGGAGCAAACACCCAAGAAAUCAAGCCCAGGAAGACAUCAAACGUAAAGCGUUUAGGUCAGUUCCCUUUAGGGUAUGGCAUUAGGAUGCAAGUAAGGGAAAGAAGGGGUGACCGAGUGUCUAUCCCGCGUCUCUUAAGAGGGUGGGGAGGGGGCUUCGAGCCCCUGGGAAACGCCGAGGGGUGUUUUCUCCGAGGAAGGGUGGCUUUCCCCGAGCGCUCGGGAAUGGGUGUGUGUUGGAGGGUGGGGAGUGGGAGGCGCAGGGCUUGAAAAGAACAAAACAAGCAGUGAAGCCCAGCCUGGGCUCGGCAGCGUCAGGGGGCUGGGGCAAGGGCUGCAGUGGGACUGACCCUGCCUUCCUGCGGGAUGGGCACAGGGGCCAGGGAGAGCCCUUUCCCAAGGACCGUUCGGGUGCAGGGACGGAGUUGGAAACCUGUCAGAUGCCAGGGGAUUUCGGGGGGCUUCACCUGUCCGCCGCCCCCGGGGCUUUUUCAUCUCCAGUGUCAGCCUUGCCGUUGCAUGUCGCGGCCACCUUCAUGCGGGAGAAAUAAGUCAAGAAGUUGAGUUUAAGGGGAAUCCGGGCAUUUUCUCAAAAUUCGAGCAAUGCAAGGUUGUUUUGUUUUUGUUUGGUUUG